AUGGGGGGCGGAGGUGGUAGAGGAGGAGGCAGUGGUGAAGAUAAAGAUGAUAAUUUUGGAUCACCUCUUUUGAGGUUUGGAAUGCUUGAUGGAAGAUGGUGUAUUGGCUCACCUCAUUUGAGGCAUGAUGAACAAUUAGGGUUACCUCAUUGGAGGGCCCAAGAACAAUUACUAUUAUGGUUGAGAAUGAUAGGUGUUCAGGAGGAUUAUUAG